AUGAAUUUUUUUCAGUUGAUAUUCUCAUUGUUUUUUCUACUAAUUUUGACUUCGGUAAUUUGUAUUGAUAAACCUUGUACGAAAAAGAAUUGUCAAUUACCUUCUUGUCAAUGUGCAAUUAUUAAUAAAAAUCCAACAUCAUUCAACAAUACAGAUAUACCUCAACUAGUUUUAUUAACUUUUGUUGGUAAUUUAAAUAAACAUACAUUUGAACCCGUUCGUUCAAUACUUCAUCCAAUAUUUCGAAAUCCAAAUCAAUGUCCAAUAUCAUCAACAUUUUUCGUUAAUGAUAAUUUUACAGACUAUUGUUUAGUGCAACGUCUAUUUGAUAAUCAUAAUGAAAUAGCUAUGACUACAUCUAGCAAUAAAUGUCCAUUAAUGAAUUGUUACGAUGAAAAUAAUUGGAAUCGUUGGGGUGAGAACAAUUGGAAACGAGAAAUAAGACAACAGCGAAUAAAUUUAAUAGAGAAAUCAAGUAUUCAUCGGUCACAUAUAAAAGGUUUUCGUGUACCACAUCUACAAAUCGAUGAUAAUAGACAUUUUGAACCUAUUCGAAAUCUUCAUUUUCAUUAUGAUUCAUCGAUGCUUUUUAAAUCAUCGAAAUACAUAUGGCCAUUUACUCUUGAUUAUUCAUUUAAUCAAAUCGAUUGUAUUAAUUGUAAUGAAUCAUCAAAAACAAUUGAAACAUUGUGGCAAUUUCCAUUACAUGAAUGGGCUUAUCCAAACACAACUACUACUUGUCGUACACUUUCCGAUUCAACUUGUCUGCCUGAAGAUGAACUACACACAGCUGAUCUACUGUACGAUUUUAUUAUAUAUAAUUUCGAUCGUCAUUCAUCAUUAACACUUGGCCGUCGAUCUCCAUUUGUAAUUGAACUCGAUCUAUUCUGGCUUUCAGAACAUCGAGAUCAACGUCUUGAAGCUCUAAUACGUUUUAUUGAUUAUAUUUUAAACAAUGACGACUAUCGUUAUGUUUAUUUUGUUUCAAUUGAGCAAGCCCUCGAAUGGCUAAAAUAUCCGCGUAACUUAACAGAACUCGAAGAUUUUUGGGCAUUUAGUUGUAGCGAGAUCAUAUAUGAAUAUGAUAUUGAUUGUGCUGAUACAAAACCAACAGAUGGAGAGAAACCUAAGCAAUUAACAUCAACGAAUACAACCGAGCAAUACAUUGAUCUACAAGCUGAAAGAUUAUUUCGCAGUGGCAUUGUACUUUAUUCGGUGUGGACAUUUAUUCUAUUGAUUUUAACCGUUCUUUUUUAUGAUAAGUAUUUUGUAAACAAGUGA